UGCCAUCGAUGUUUCUGUAUUCGGCACUAAGCCUGGGCUGGAAAUUUACCGCCGGUGUUGUUUGUAGUUACCUGUUUUAGGAGCGGUGGGAAUGGAAAACAAGAAAUUUAAAAUUAAUCUGGACGAUUCUGCGUUAGACAGAGAAAGAAGUCCGGUGGCCUCCCUUUUCAAGCCCUCUUCCAGAAAAGACAGUGCAGACGUUUUGACUACCCACAAUGCACAAAAAGAUGGCGGCCAGCCACUGUCUUAUGCUGAGUUUGUUGUUCAAAGCAAAAACAAAGCUAAUGAGCGAUCUGGUCAUGGACCACAAACCGGAGAUGUUAGACCUGCGGGGCAGCGAUCCGAUGAAUGUAGAUUGAUCGCAGCACCAUCCACAGAUGCUGCGAGAGAGAUGGAAAGACAGAGUUUGGAACCAACUAUAUCUGGAUCAGAGACUUCUGCAGUUCCAGGAAGACGCGAGGAGAAUCUGGUACAGGGGCAGAAAAUGGACGAAGGUCAAAGCACAGAGGAACGCACUUUGCUGGCACCGGCCGUAGGGUCCGGCAACAGCAUUAUUGUCAGCCCAAGACAGAGAGGAAACCCUAUAUUAAAGUUUGUCCGGAGUGUUCCAUGGGAGUUUGCAGAAGUGGUACCAGACUAUAUCUUAGGUCGAACCACAUGUGCACUCUUUCUCAGUGUGCGCUACCAUUCACUGAACCCAAACUACAUCCAUGAGCGGCUAAAACAGCUGGGUCAAGCGUUCACACUCCGAGUGCUGCUUGUGCAAGUUGAUGUGAAAGAUCCUCAUCAUGCUCUGAAGGAACUUGCUCGGAUCUGCAUCAUGGCUGACUGCACACUUAUCUUGGCCUGGAGCCCUGAGGAAGCUGGUCGUUACUUGGAGACGUACAAAUCUUACGAGAAAAAGCCAGCAGAUCUGCUUAAAGAACAAGUCGAGAAAGAUUACCUAUCUAAGGUUACUGAUUGUCUGACCACAGUGAAGUCCAUAAACAAAACUGAUGCUAUCACACUGCUGUCCACAUUUUCAUCUUUGGGUGGCAUCAUUAGUGCAUCAAAGGAGGAGCUGGAAUUGUGUCCAGGACUUGGACCACAAAAGGCAAGAAGGCUGUACGAUGUGCUUCACCAGCCCUUUCUAAAGUCAAAAAAGAAAGAAACCACAUGAUAAUUGAACUCCGAAAAUGUCAGGAAACAAUCUAAUAUUCCCCCCCAACAAAACAGCCUCCCAUGUUUAUGUGCACAUCACAAGCCCAUAAAAAUAGCAUACUCAUGCUAACAACAGUGACUGUCUGAGUGCUGAGGAUGGAGGGAUAUGAGCGGUCUGAAGAUCAGAACUUCUCUGGAUGAUAAAAAGAAGAUUCUAAGGAUAUCCUGUUUGUAUGACCAUAACUAUUUAUUUUAUUUUUAAAAGUACUCAACUGUCAAAAGAUGUAUUUCUGUGCAUUCUUACAAUAAAAAUAUAUUUU